AUGGAAUGGCCCAAUGCCAAGCGAGCUCCCAUCCGGUUGUGUUUCGGUAUUGCUGACGGCACUACAAAGUUGUAUUCAGAAGGAACCAACCAAAGAAACAAUACCUCAGAUCCGGGACAUUCUGGAUCUGUUCUGUGUUGUUUGUCGGGUUUUAUGGUGACUGAUCAUCUCCAGCUGAUGAUGGAUUACUUGCUGAACAAUGAUCAACAUCACCCGUACGGCACAAUGGUUUCCACAUUUUUACUGUUCAGUUUCAGUCUACUAAAUCAAAAUGACGCCGCUUUUGGGUUUCUGGCGAAUUUAACGGUACAAGAUGCAGCUGAUGCGAAGCUCUCCAACGAUAUACCGUCAAGCGAGUUUGCCGCAGAAGGAGCAGAUUAUCUACCCGAACAUUUCUACGCAAUAAUCGAACGCUAUCUGAUGCAAGUGGUUACCGUGCAUUCAGUGUACUGUCUCGGUGAAGAUUCCCUGCACCACAAAAAUGAUGGUGAAAGUGAAGCCUCUCUGGAGCUCAUUGGAACUUGUCUAUUGACCUGGCUUAAAGAAGAGAUGCAGAUUAACUGUCUCGUGGGUGGUGAGGUAGACGAUCCAACAAAGGAGACGUUUCUGGUGGAAGAUGCCGAACAACUUACACAUCAACAACGACAUCUGAAGGAAAAAAUAUUUACCUUUGAGCUCAAUUAG